AAACUACAGAAAUAGUCGUAGAAAACUCCUUCACAAAUAAAUGAAAACCUUAAAUGUUUACAAUGAAGGUAUGCAGCACAUAAAAUAGUGUGAUGUCGAAUUUACUAUUCAAGUGUAUGAGUGACAAUGCCAAAACAUGGAUCUCUUUAUCUUUUUUUAGUUUUUGGAGUCUGUGUUUUCUCUUCAAUGGCCAGUCCAUAUUACUAAGUCACUGCUAGAAACUAUGCAUUCCUAUUAAGAAAUAUAUUCUAAAAUCAAUUAUUCAAUUACUUAUAUACAUAUACGUGCUUUGUGAUAUUAAGUAUAUUCGACGACAGAUAACUAUUUCUUCAAACAUCAAUCUGUAAUCGAUAAUGGCUUCUGCUGAAUGUGGUAUGUUAAUCAAGAGAGAAGUGGAAUCUGUUGUUACUGAAAGUGAUUUCAACAGCCCUGAACAAAAAUAUGAUUCAGUUGAAGACAAGCCUGAAAUUUUCACAGAAAAAAUUAAAAUUGAGGAAAACAUUGAUAUGGUUCAUCAGGAUCUCAAAAUGGAAAAUUGUAAGGAGGAACUAAUGGAAAGCUCAUUUUGUGAAGUGUGUGGGGGAGGUUUUGUUAGUUCAACGAAUUGCUUCAGCAUCAAAUAUUUUAAAAUGUGUUGCUGUCAAACUGAAAUGGAAUCUACAAAAACUGUACAAGGCGAAGAAGAUACGAUUCAGGAUUUGAAACUUUUUGACUCAAUGUCAGAUCCUGGAGAUAUUAAAACAGAGGUAGACUGCUUUGAGACGAAAGAGGAUAUUAUGAAUGAACAUAUACCAUCAGCAUUAAUUGAAAAUGAGUUUGUUGCUGGAAAUUGUCUCAUUGGGAAAAAUGAGAUGGAAAGAAAUUUGCAAAUCCAAGAAAAUCUUCAUAAUGGGGAAAUGGAAUUUACCAAGGAGAAAUUAUUUAAAUGUAACAUCUGUCCAAAAAUGUUCUCUAAGAAUUAUCAUUUGAAAGAACAUGAAAAAAUUCAUACUGGGCUAAAGCCGUUUCAGUGUAAAAUCUGUUCGAAAUCAUUCAGACAAAAUAAAAAUUUGAAAGAACAUGAAAAAGUUCAUACUGGAGAAAAGCCGUUUCAAUGUGAAAUGUGUCCAAAAUCUUUCCGUAAAAGUGCUGGAUUGAAAUAUCAUGAAAAAACGCAUACAGGAGAAAAGCCUUUUCAAUGUAAAAUGUGCUCAAAAUCGUUUAUUCAGAAAAGUGCCUUGAAACGCCAUGAAAAUAGACAUACUGGAGGAAAAUCCUUUCAGUGCAAAUAUUGUGGAAAAUCCUUAAGUGAGAGUAGAAAACUUGAAGUCCAUUUGAGAAUUCACACUGGAGAAAAACCGUUCGUGUGUAAAAUAUGCGCAAAGCCAUUCAUUAGUAGUACUUCUUUGAAAUACCAUGAAAUGACUCAUACCGGUCUUAAACCAUUUCAAUGUAAACUCUGUUCUAAAUCUUACUUUCGAAUAUCCAAUUUGAAUUCGCAUGAAAAAAUGCAUACCAAAGAAAAACCCUUUCAAUGUAAAGUCUGCUCAAAGUCAUUCAAUGCAAAUAAUAGUUUGAUAAUACAUGAAAAAGUUCAUGCAGGAGAUCUCAGUGGUGAAGAGGUUACUAGUGGGGAAACUUACAUUGGACAAAAACCAUUUCAAUGUAAAUUUUGUUUGAAGUCUUUCAAUUAUUCUUCAAAAUUCUUGAGGCAUUUGAGGACUCAUACAGGAGAAAAGCCAUUUCAGUGCAAGAGCUGCUCAAAGUCAUUCAUUGACACUACAUCUUUGAAGUACCAUGAAAGAACCCAUUCUGGAGAAAAACCAUUCAAGUGUAAAAUCUGUUCAAAAGAUUUCUCUCUAAAAAGUAAUUUGAGUGUCCACGAAAAGCUCCACACCGAAGAAAAACCAUUUCAGUGUAAAGUGUGCUCUAAAAGAUUCAAUCGAAAAGAGACUUUGAAAUACCAUGAAAAAAUUCACACAGGAGAAAAAACGUUUCAGUGUAAAAUAUGCUCAAAGUCCUUUAUCCAAAGAAAUACUUUGAGAAAGCAUGAAAAAAUUCAUUUAUGAAAACGGACUUUUGUAGAGAGAUUAUUUAUUUGGAAACAAAAUAUGUUCACAUUUCUACUUCUUUCUGAUAAAAAAUGGUGAGCAAAUUCAUUUAUCACAUGUCUUCUUCGUCGUAGCACCUCUGCAUCACACAUUGUGCUUUCAUAGCUUCUUCUUAAGGUGUCUGAGCUCAUCGGUAUUACUAAUGAAAUCUUCCAGGUCAUCAGCGAGAGCUUUUCAGCUUCCUAACUCCUGAUUCUAUCAAAAAAUCUGGGAGACUAGGUGGUGCAGCAAAAAAAUGGUUUAGUUGCCUCUUCGAGAGCAAAAUAUCUACCUUGAAUCAACAACAAACUCCUCCAGAUACAGUUUUCAGAUCUCUGGAAGAUCUCACAACAAAAGAAUAGUCAGCUUUGUUAAGAAGAAGGAAUAAUAAUUAAAUGAUCGAAUUUGAAUAAGCCUUAGAGAGUUGGAGUGUAUUUUGCUGCGCAAAUACAACUGCAAGGCAACUAGUUGAAACAAGAGCCCAAAAACGCACUUGAUGCAGCACCAUGCAGCAUGUUUUGACAUGACAUAGGUCUCAUCAGUGGUGCUAGACUGGUCAAAUGGCGCCAUCUAGUGUUGGAUUACAAAUGCUUUGGUUUUAUGGUCUGGUUUGAACUGGUUGCCUUGCAGAAAAAGACAAAAGGAAAGUCUCAUUUGUCAUGGAAGUAUCAGAAAUUUACAAUGGUAAUUGUAACAGACAGAGGAUGAUCUGUUGUUUUAUAGCUGUUAUAUCUGUUGAAUUUCUAAAGAAAAUGUUUAUGUCUGCUAAAUAUUUCAAUGUAAAAUCAAAUGUAAAAUCUCAGCCAAUUGGAUAUCAUAUUAGGAAAAUGUGAUUUAUGUCUAAAAUCCAUCCAAAAUAGCGUGAAUAAAUUUAUACUGGACAAAAAUUGUUUCAGUGUAAUCCAAUUUCAUUCAUUAGAACUAGAAGUAGUCAUUUUAUUUUAUUUCUCAACAUUGUUAGGUUACAGUCAUAUGUAUGACUCUAGUUAUUAGUUAUUAUUAUUAUUGGUUAAGGACAUAUUAUUAUUGUUUACUGA